UCUGAGGCGAGGAACCAGCAUCACUCAGGUAGUAAAGGGGCAGAUCCGAGGACCAGAUACGAGCAACUGUGGGGCUGCUUUGCUUGCAGCCCUCGGGUUUUUCCUCGCUGCCUAACCUCGGCUCUUCCUGCAAACCAUGGUGGCUAAAAACAGAAAACAGACCGGCAAGAGUCCAGCGACCCAGACUGACCGUGACAAGAGCCCGCUUGUUUCGCCCCCUGGCAAAAGUAACGUUAGGCGACCGGGCAGGGAGGGCAAAGCUUUCAACAGCUCUCAUCCAAACGGGCUCUCGGGCAUCAGACACAAGCUUGGGCUAACUCCCUCUGCAGUCGCGAAGCUGGGAUUGACUCUCCUCCUCGCUGCUCUGUCUGGGUACCUCCACUGGCAUCAUCUCUCACAGCUGUUUGAGAAUGACAGACACUUUUCACACUUGUCUAACCUGGAGAAGGAAAUGGCUUUUCGGACAGAAAUGGGUCUGUACUAUUCCUACUACAAGACAAUUAUUGAGGCUCCCUCUUUCCUGGAUGGCCUCCACAUGGUCAUGAACGAUCGGCUGACAGAGUACCCCCUGGUUAUUAACACACUGAAAAGAUUCAAUCUUUAUCCAGAGGUGGUCCUGGCCAGCUGGUACCGGAUGUACACAUGUGUAAUGGGAUACUUUAGGAUUCCCACGAAGAUGUGUUGGUCCAUCAACAGAGGAGAGGGACUCACUCCUGUGGACAGCUGUGAAGGGAUGGGCGACCCGGCGUAUUUUUACGUGACCUGUGUGUUCCUGCUGAACGGCGCGAUGAUGAGCCUGUUCUUCAUUUACGGCGCCUACCUCAGUGGCAGUCGACUGGGCGGCAUUGUUACCACGAUGUGUUUUUUCUUCAAUCAUGGCGAGAGCACUCGCGUGAUGUGGACUCCGCCCCUGAGGGAGAGCUUUGCCUACCCCUUCCUAGUCCUGCAGAUGCUCCUUCUCACCUACAUCCUACGGACACGGAACCCAAGCAGGACAGCCAUGGUUGCUCUGGGGAUCUCCAAUUUGUGCUUUAUGUUGCCUUGGCAGUUUGCCCAGUUUGUGCUGCUCACUCAGGUGGCUUCUCUGUUUGCUUCUUACAUCCUGGGUUACCUUGGUGCCGCCAAGAUGCAAUCCAUCCUGGUCACUCAUAUGAUCACUCUCGGCGUCUGCUUUAUCCUGAUGUUUGGCAACUCCAUGCUGCUCACGUCAUUCUACGCCUCCUCACUCGUCUCCAUCUGGGCAAUCAUAGCAUUGAGGGAUCGGUUUGCUCAAGUCUUCAAACCUGGCAUCGUCAUCUGGGUCAUGCAGGGUUUGGCUUGGGUUGGCUUCACAAUUCUGCUCAAAUUCAUGCUGUCCACAAUCCUCUGUGCCUCAGAUGAUGCUCACAUCAGUGGACUGAUCAAGUCUAAGUUCACAAGCUACAAGGACUUCCACACUCUGAUGUACACGUGUGCUGCCGAAUUUGACUUCAUUGAGUUAGAGACUCCUCUACGUUACCUCAAAACGUUGCUGCUGCCCAUCAACAUGCUGGUGGUUGCUGUUAUCACUUGGAGGACUGUCCAGGAUAUAGUCCGGUUCCUGAGGGACGGAGGGAAGGUGCCUGUCAAGGCUGACGAUGUUGAUGAAGCUGCAGGGUCUGAAAUAGUCGGAAAAGGAGAGCUGGUGUACCACAGCCUGCAGCUGGUGGCGUUUGCUGUCCUGGCCAUCCUCAUUAUGCGUCUGAAGCUCUUCCUGACGCCCCACAUGUGCAUCAUGGCCUCGCUCAUCUGCUCCAAACAGUUGUUUGGCUGGAUCGGGGAGAAGUUUAAACACCAGACUGUCGUGUUUGCAGUCAUGGCCAUCAUGGCCAUACAGGGAGUAGCCAACCUGCAGGCCCAGUGGGCAAUCAUUGGAGAGUUCAGCAACCUGCCGCAGGAGGAGCUGCUGGACUGGAUCCAGGACAACACCCGUCCUGAUUCUGUGUUUGCUGGGGCCAUGCCCACCAUGGCCAGCGUGAAGCUUUCCACAGGUCGGCCCAUCGUCAACCACCCCCACUAUGAAGACGCUGGUCUGAGGGAGAGAACCAAACUGGUCUACUCCAUGUACAGCCGCAUGUCUGGAGAAACCGUAAAGAGGAACCUGAUGAAGCUGGGAGUGGACUUCUUCGUCCUGGAGGAUUCCUGGUGCACCAGGCGAACCAGGCCCGGGUGCAGCAUGCCAGAGAUCUGGGACAUUGAGGAUUCCCAAAAUGUUGGUAAAAUUCCCCUCUGCACCCACAUGUCCAAGAACUCACGACCCUACUUCACCACAGUCUUUUCCAAUGACAUUUACAAAGUUCUCAAAGUUCCCAAAGCUACCAAAGAUCUCAGAUAACAUUGUGGGACGGACUUGUUCAGCACCAACUUGUUGUUCUUUCCACUACUUCUUUUUUUGGUCGGUCACUGCCGUUGCUGCUUUUUACUUUUUACUUCCUCAAACCCUCACAGUUCCACUUUUUUGCAGGGCUCUGUUUCACUGAGCGGUAGACUAAUAAUAGGUUGGACACUCCAAAACAAUUUGCCAUGAGUCUCUCCACUCUUGGUGCCCUCACAGUUCUCAGUAUCUGUGACUUAAAAAAACUCCCUAUUCCCCACAUUUUGCCAAUCAUCCUUUUUGCUGCAUCUUUGUCAUUCAGCGAUGUUCCCAUCACGCUCCAGUUGGUGCCCAGGUGAGAGCCAAAAGGUGUCAUAGCUCUUCAUUUAGUUUGUUGCAUUGGUUCUGUUACAUAGAAUCCUUAUUUGAAGGAACAUUGUCCUCAAAGAGAUGCUGUUCAGUAUUGUUUUUUACUGUAUAGAAUUCAUUUUCUUUGACUUAUGCUGAAGAAGUAAAUCAUUUCUGGCGGGACCAAUCAAUGAUGUCCACAUACUGUGAAGCAAUACCCUUUGCAAACUUGACAAAAGCUGACUUCUUCUAUUGUUAUGCACAGUGUUGAUCUGAAAGAUUUUUCAGUAGUACACUAUUUUUAUAAUUUAUUUGUGUGAAUAUUUUUAUGCAAACUUCAAGGUGUUAAGAUGUUUUCUUUAGAAGCAAAUCACAGGGGAAAAUUCUGUUCUUGUGUUUGAAAGCUUUUAAAACUCUUUUUAAUACAUAUCAUUCAGCCUUGGCAUCUAGUUGGAAAUCACUCAAGAUUUUUAGCUAAGUAUCACAUAGUAGAAGAGCUUUCGUUCUUAAUUCAGUUAGAAACUGGCAGAAAGAGGGUUUUUAAUGGCAAAACAACGUAAACAAAACAAAUAGAUUUCCCCUAACUCUGCCCUGUAACAACAUUUUUGUAAAUACCCAAACAAUUAUUUUGUAAAAUACCAAUGUACGGCCUUUAAAGGGUUCUUUUUGUCUUGAAUUAUUGUUUAUUGCCAAAGUAAGUCUUGUUAUUAAAGCUGCAUCGGGGUACUGUAGCACAUGAAAGAUGUGUUUUUAGUGAUUGAGAACCAUCAGUUUGUGAGUUCUGUAACAGCCAAUACAAACUAUUUGUAGCAGUGAAUUUUAUGUGAAUGGUAGCAGUCGUUGGUUCCUUCUUCGGGCCUCAUUAAUGAUUGUUUGACAUGUUGGGAAAUACGCUUAUUUGCUAAGAUAACAAGAUCGAUACCACUCUCAUGUCUGUAUGGUAAAUAUGAAGCUACAGUCAGGACAGACAGUUUAGCUUGUCUAUCCGUAACUUGUACUGUCAAUAAGUGUCCUUUACACCCACUGUAGGUUAAAUUAAUAGUGGCACCAUAGCUGCAUGUUGCAUUGAUGGUUUGACCAAAUAUACAGUAAUCAGACUCAUCAGACAGUUUAAAUUGCAGUCAGUUUAACUCAUAUGCACUAUAGUUUAAAUGUUUUUUUGUUUUUCUCACAUCAACCUACUUUUCUUUGUUCCUGAAGCUUGGUGUCAUUUUUCAGAACAAGGACAGCAGUUGUGGAGCUGCAAAGCUUUACAGUACAAAGUUCAUUUUACGGCUCGAUAAAUGAACAGAAUGAGUCAACAUACAGUAGGUUUGUCUUUAAAGGAAUAGUUCGACAUUUUGGGAAAAAAUGCUUUUUCGCUUUCUUAACGAGAGUUGGAUAAGAAGAUUGAUUCCACUCUCAUGCCUGAACAGUAAAUAUGAUGCUACAGCCAGCAGGCAGGUUAGCUUAGCUUAGCACAAAGACUGUAAGCAGAGGGAUACAGCUAGUCUGGCUUUGUCAGGCUAGUUCAAAAAUACACCUAACGACAAGCUGUGUUUUUACAGGUUGUUAUGUGCAGGACUAUUUCUUAGCUGAGCGCAGUAGUCCAGCUGGUUGCCUGGCAACCUCACGGUGACGACAAGAUGACAAGUUACUGUUUCUGGCCAAGAAAUAGUCCAGCACAUACAGUAACCCCAUGUAAAACUACAAUUUCUUGUUUUUACUUUGUUUUUCAAUGGAUUAACCAAAUGAGAAAUACCUCUUAAUUAAUUAACUUUAGAGGUGCUGGUAGGCAGAUUUUGUUACUUUUGUAGAGAGCCAAGCUAGCUGUUUCCCCUUGUUUCCAGUCUGUAUGCUAAGCUAAGGUACACAGUUGCUGACUAUAGCUUCAUAUUUACAGACAGAUAUGAGAGUGGUAUUGAUCUUCUCAUCUAACUUUUGGCAAGAAAGCAAAUAAGUUAAUAAAUUAGUAAAUACCAAAUUUCCCAAAAUGAUUCCUUUCAGAAGGGGGAGUCUCCAUGUUGGAGGAGUGGCAACAGGAGAAACAAAUAUUAUACAUUUUUCCUCCCUGAUCUCUCUUCCUCCUGCAAGAGCGUAAAUUUAAGCCACCGCCACACAGACAUUUGGCUGUUAAUGUUAAUGAGUUUUCUGUUGCAUGUUUACUCCUCCAACAUGAUGGCAUGUCCUUCACAAUCAUUGGUAACUACUUAUCAAAUAUUCCGUGAUGGGUUUCGUUUCUAAAAAGGCUGCAAGUUUCUCUCAGCUUUAAUUUACUUUUUGUGUAUGAAAAGUCCUACUGUGGUGAGAUUAAAUGUGCCGGAGCGAGCCCAGUACACAUUUAAUCUGUGACAUUUUGUCCAUCUGAUUUCAGAGCUGUUUGUUUAUGUACUACUCGUACAAAGACUGAGGUUUCACGGUGUAGAAUUGAUCUUGUAAGUCAUCUGCCCGUUUUUAGGAGUGGGGCUGUUGUCACACUUCCUGAAACCCUUUGACAUAAAUAGUUUAUUCCUGUCGCAGGCGUUGGUGUGUUUCAGAUGUCUUUUAUAAUAUUUGUCUAUUUUGUCUGUAUUUUAAAAAAUAAAGUAUUUGGCAUCAGCA